AUGCUUACCACCUCGCCAUUGAGCACCGCCGGCUGCUACACUGCUAUGGAAGGUCGCCAUUGCGACACUACUGUCGGAGAACCGUUGAGGGUCGAUGAAGACGGUGAGUCGUCGUUCGCCAAGGUGGGCUUUGCUGAGCUUUAUCGCCAUCGUUUCCUGCCGCCACUUCGUCUCCUCUUCUUUUGUCGUAAAGUUAUCGCUGCCAUCGCCUUAUCGAGCAGCGGGUGCGGUUGUGGAUGGCGUUUCUCUCCGACUGUCGUGAGCCACUGUGGGGGUGACUGUGAUUGGGUGUGUUCCCCUUGCUUGACUUGUGUUAGUGUGUGCGUAUGCCUUCUGUUGGCCGGAAAAACGUGGGAACCACCAUGGCUUCCCAACAUGGUGGCCAUUUCCUUGAUGUUACUGCAAUCCGCCGUUGAUUGCCACUAG